AUGGGGAAGAAGGCAAAGGCGAAGCUGCAACUCCGGGAGUCCGUCAUCGGAUUUAUACACCGAACCGAAAAGGUCGUUGAAAAUUACAACGCUGACACCGAUUUCCACCAACUGCAAGCACGGAUAGGAAAACUGGAUGAGAAGUGGAGCGAGUUUGAAAGCGUACAAGGUGAAAUCGAGGAAAUGGAGGAGGAUGAAACCAACAUGGAGACGCACGAGCAGGUUCGAGCGGAGUUCGAGGAGCUGUAUUUUAAGGUAAAGGCAGGGUUGAAAUCCAAACUACCACCCUCAACCCCCUCUUCCACUACUACUACUCCCACUAGAGAUAAGAAUGUGGGUUCAUGUUCUGGCAUACGCUUGCCCAAGAUCAGCUUGCCAGAAUUCAGUGGGGAGUACGACAAAUGGUUGCCAUUCUUCGACACUUUUCGAUCACUUAUCCACGAUAAUACGGAUUUAAAUCUGAUCCAAAAAUUCCACCAUUUGCGAGCGUCUCUAAGGGGUGAGGCACUUAAGGUGGUAGAUUCCUUUCAAAUGAGUGAAGCUAGUUAUGGGGUCGCAUGGUCCGCUUUGGUGAAACGGUAUUCGAAUAAAUAUCUCCAGAAGAAGCGCCAUGUCAACGCGCUUUUGCAGUACCCGAAGGUGAAAAGGAUGUCGGCAAAUGGUAUUCACGAUUUGAUUGAAUGUUUCGAUCGACAUACGAAGAUUCUUGAUCAACUGGGAGAGAAUACUUCGGACUGGGGAGCGAUGUUGAUGCAGCUGUUGGUGUCGAAGCUUGAUGAUGAGUCGCUCAAAGACUGGGAGGAGCGUGCGGUCUAG